AUGGCGAAAGCCACAGGAACCCCUCCCUCGUCCAUCUCCACGAUCUUCAGAAAACUCCCUUAUGAGCUAACUCUCAUGAUCGCUGACGAGCUGAUUUCGGCUACCACAUCAAACCUGCAACCUCACCACUUCGAAUUCUACAGCCACGCACAGACGCUUCAAGUUGUACGUCGCGUCUUUUGUAGAAGGUGGGGAGACUCUGAGGCUUUGGCAAAGGAGCGAUAUAUUGAGAUUCGCACCAUCCUCCAAAUCAACCAAAGAAUACGAAGAGCUGCUCGUAAAGCCUACCUACCUCUCGCAGAGAACAACCAGAAGGAAUGGGUUUGCCUUGAGAGGGACGUCUUUGUCCUCGACAAACACAUGCUGCAACCAGCUGAAACCUUUCAGCACCUGACGCCUCACAAUCUCCAUAUCCUUCAAAACUUGCGGAACAUCGUUAUCGCACCCUACGACGCCCACUUCUUGAGAAUUGGAGUUGGCUCCCGUGGCCUCCGACUGAUGGGGAGUGUGACCUCCAUCGGCCUCAUCAACGCCGCUUUCGAAGGGCUUGCUGACGCCAGAGAGCGUCGUCUCGAGGAUGGCAACCCUCUCGGCUUAGUCCCACUGUCGCAGGUCAUACAAGAUGCGCACCCGUCAGUUAGUGGAAUACCUUCUUUGAGGGAGUUGGACACUUCUCUUUCACACGUCCUGGGAAGAUUGAAGAGCAAGAACGUCCGCAUCUUCAUACAACUGUGGUGCCACGACAUAUUCGAACAACGCAACAAAGAGAACAGCUUUGAUAUCAUCAGCUGCCCCGAUGAGAUCAAAGUAUGGUUAUCAUAG